AUGAAAUAUUUGCCACUCGUUGCUACCCUGGCCUCUUCGGCCCUCGCUGCUGGCAUCAACUUCGCCCAAUUACUGGACCAGAAGCCACUGGACAUUGCCGAUAAUGUUAAAUGGGAAUUGAAGCCUGAGGUCGACUCUGCUGCUCUUCAAAGUGCAGUCAAUGAGCUAGACUUGAAAAUCGAAGCCAGCUAUUUGUUUAAAGUUGCACAUGGUUCCGUCUUUGAAUACGGACAUCCUACCAGAGUCAUCGGUUCUCCUGGUCACUGGUCCACAAUCAACCAUGUCCUCGACACAUUACAUAACUUCAAACACUACUACGACGUUGACGUUCAGCCAUUUGAAGCCUUUACCGGUAUCCUUAAGUCUUUCUCAUUGACCAUUAACGGAGUUGCACCAAAGUCUGCAGAAGCUUUAGAUUUAACUCCUCCUACUCCUGGCGGUUUUCCAGUGACCGGUCCAGUCGUUUUAGUUGAUAAUUAUGGUUGUCAAGCUUCUGACUAUCCAUUCAACGUGACUAACGGAAUUGCCUUAAUUCAAAGGGGUUCUUGUUCAUUCGGUCAAAAAUCAGAACUUGCUGGUCUCCGUGGAGCCAAAGCCGCUCUCAUUUACAACAACGUGCCAGGUAGUGCUAAGGGAACCUUAGGUGCCCCAACUCCUCAUCAGGUACCAUCGUUGUCACUUUCUCAGGAAGAUGGAGAGGCCGUCAAGCGUCAGCUUCUGACUUCUGGAAGCGUAAUUGCAACUGUCGCUGUCGAUUCCUACGUUAAGAAGUUCAAAACCAAGAAUGUGAUUGCUACCACUCGUUACGGUAAUGAUAGCAACAUUGUGAUGCUAGGUGCACAUUCAGACUCUGUUGCUGCUGGACCAGGUAUCAAUGACGAUGGUUCUGGUACCAUCUCUCUUUUGAACGUGGCCAAAUACCUAACUAAAUUCAAAGUUAAUAACAAGGUUCGUUUCGCUUGGUGGGCAGCUGAAGAAGAAGGAUUACUUGGAUCCGACUACUACGUUUCAAAGUUAACCCCCAAGGAGAAAUCUCAGAUUCGUUUGUUUAUGGACUACGAUAUGAUGGCUUCCCCUAACUACGCCUACCAGGUCUAUAAUGCCACUAACAGCGAGAACCCAGUUGGAUCUGAGGAGCUUAAGAAUUUAUACAUUGACUGGUACGUUGAACAGGGUCUGAACUACACUCUAGUUCCAUUUGAUGGCCGAUCCGACUAUGAUGGAUUCAUCAAGAGCGGUAUUCCCGGAGGUGGUAUUGCUACCGGAGCAGAAGGUUUGAAGACCGAAGAGGAGGCUGAACUAUUUGGUGGUGAAGCUGGAGUUGCAUAUGACCCAUGUUACCACUCUCUUUGUGACGAUUUGGCCAACCCUGACUAUGUUCCAUGGGUUGUCAAUACUAAAUUAAUUGCCCACAGUGUCGCCACUUAUGCAAAGAGCUUGGACGGAUUCCCAUUGCGUGAGGAGCCUAGCCCAUUCAAGAUGACUGCCCAGUCAAACUUCAAGUACCACGGUCCAAAACUUGUCCUUUAG